AUGGAGUUGCCUUCGCCGGUUAUCGCGAGUGAUUAUAUCUAUAGAACCUACUGGCUCUAUUGGCGUCUCUUGGGCGUCGAGGGCGAACAUCCACUACGUUAUCUACUGCUUAUUAUGCAGUUCUUCUUUGUGACGAUUUGGUAUCCCAUACACCUAAUCGUUGGCCUCAUUUGCGACGGAACCUUGGCCGAGGUCUGCAGAGGGAUCCCCAUCACGGCCUCCUGCUUUUUUUCGAGCUUCAAAAUCAUAUGCUUCCGAUGGAAAUUGGCAGAGAUCAAGAAAGUCCAACAGCUGUUUGUGGAGUUGGAUCAGCGAAUAGCCACUGCAGAGGAGCGUUCGUCCUUUUAUAGGGAAACGAUCCGUGUGGCGGAAUUCAUUUGGAAAAGCCUUCUCGUGGCCGCCGUCUUGGCCAUUAUAACGGGCACAGCGUUUGGCCUGUUUCAUCGUGAACGAAAGCUGCUAUAUCCCGGUUGGUUUCCCUACGAUGUCUAUUCAUCGGAUCAGCGUUUUUGGCUUAGUUUCUCUUAUCAGGCAGCUGGGCAUAGUCUGGCGAUUCUGCAGAAUCUUGCGAAUGAUUCGUAUCCACCGAUGACCUUUUGUGUGCUGGCUGGACAUGUGCGACUCCUAUCCAUGCGGUUGAGUCGAAUGGGAUAUGAUCUCACAAAGCCGAAGGAGCUCAUUGUCAGAGAAUUAAAAGACAACAUUGAGGAUUAUAGAAAGCUAAUGAAAAUCGUGCAACUGCUGCGCAGCACCAUGCACCUCUCGCAGCUCGGACAAUUCAUCUCGAGUGGCAUCAACAUUGCCAUUACGCUCGUCAACAUUCUGUUCUUUGCGGACAACAAUUUCGCAAGGACCUACUACGGCGUGUACUUUGUGGCGAUGCUAAUGGAGAUCUUUCCAUCCUGCUACUAUGGUACCCUGGUAUCCAUGGAGCUCAAUGGGCUGACGGACUCCAUCUUCUCCAGCAACUGGGUGGGAAUGGACCGCGGGUACUGCCGCACUCUGCUGAUAUUCAUGCAACUCACUCUGGCGAAGGUGGAGAUCAAGGCGGGCGGCAUGAUUGGCAUUAGUUUGAAUGCGUUCUUUGCCACCAUUCGAAUGGCCUACUCCUUCUUCACUCUGGCCAUGUCGCUGCGAAAAUAA